AUGAACAGGCUCAAGGCCCUUCAACAGCCUAAAGACCUGGCAGGUUUCUGCAAACAAGUUUUCCACGGUUUUGCCACGCAGGGAAAGCUGGCCUUGGCGUUGCUGGCGGAGGAUCCGCCGAACGUGAAGGGCGCUAUUACAGUCCUCGAACCUAUGUUGCACCGUGUGGAGGCCGGCAUGGCGGUCACCAAUGCCCUGGCGGCUGAACUGCACAACGGUCUUGCGGCUGCGGACAUUCGUUUCAGCAUACUAUGCAACGAGGACAAGGUUCGGGACAAGACCAAGCCCAGAAAACUAGUAGGUGGAGUCAAAGAGCUUUAA